AUGGUGCGGUACUGCAGUACUCGUGGCGGGGUCCAUGGCUGGGACUUUAGGAACGUGCUCUUCUCCGGGUACGCUCCAGAUGGAGGCAUGUUCAUGCCAGAAACGCUGCCUGUGCUGGGCCCUGACGUCCUUCGAUCCUGGAGGGGGUUGACCUACACCAAGGUAGUGGUGGAGGUGGCAUCACUUUUUAUCCCUGCUCAGCUUAUGCCCAGAGACGACCUGGAGGACCUUGUAGAUAAAGCCUUCUCUGGCUUCUCUGUGCCAGACGUAAUCAGAAUAGCCCGACUCAAAGAAGGUCUGUCCAUCUUGGAGCUCUUCCAUGGAGAUACUUUGGCUUUUAAGGACUUGGCUAUGACCUGUACAUCUGGGGACACAGGUGGCUCAGCCAUCCAGAGUGCAAAAGGUCUACCUGGUUUGGAUGUGAUAGUGGUUUAUCCCCGAGGACGCAUCACUCCGGUGCAAGAGAAGCACAUGAUCACCUGCCUGGAGGAUAAUGUCCAUGAGCUGGUGAGGUCCCACACCCUCAUGAGCCUGAACUCUGUCAACUGGUCCAGGGUCAUGAUCCAGCUCGCCCACUUCAUAUACGCUUACCUGAAACUCAGCGGUAUAGAGCAGGCUGAGGAUGGCGGCGCCCUGCCAGAGCUGGAGGUCGUGGUUCCCACCGGGGGGGCGGGAAACAUUGCAGCUGGAUGUAUCGUUAAACAGAUGGGAUUGCCCUUGAAGCUGGUUGCCAUGGUGAAUUCGAAUGAUAUAGUUCACCGGACGGUAACCACAGGUGACUUUUCCAUGGCGCCUAAUGUCACACAAACUCUGGCCCCUGCUAUAGAUAUUCAGGACCCGUACAACAUGGAGCGAGUGUUCUGGCUUCUGCUGGGCAGAGAUGGUGCUACAGUGAAGACUAUGAUGGAGACGUUUCAGUCUUCACGUAGACAUGAGCUGCCUGAAAACCUCUGCAAACUGCUGGCAGAAACUCUAACGUCUGGCACCGUGAAUGAUGAGGGAAUCUUGGAGACCAUGAGGAGGUGCUGGAAGGAGAACCAAUACGUGUUGUGUCCACACACAGCCGUGGCAGUAUGGCAUCACUACAACUGCCCUCACAGCCCCAGUCUGAACAGGUGUUACAUUGCAACAGCAUCUCCAGCCAAGUUCCAGGCAACAGUUCUGAAGGCAGGCCUGCCCUUUGAUUUGCCCGAGCCAGUUCAGGCAUUGGAUAAACUUCCUACUCGUUACCAGAACUUGGAAAAGACCCUUAAGUGGAGCCAAGAUUGGGCAGACAGACUGAAAGAAUGCAUCUGCCAUGUGAGCAAAGUCAGGAAUAACAAAGGCAUUUAUUACAAUUGA